UUCAUCCGCUUCCCGGCCCAAAUGCCAAAACCCACUAUUCCUCUCCCGCACUCCACAUUACUAUACGUAUAUUAUUUUUAACAAAACACCCUGCCCUCCAUGCCCGUCCCUUCCUUUUAAUUCUUUGCUCCUCAUUUCUUAUUGGCAAUAUCACAAACGCCUAGUCUUCGUACCCGAUGAAUCACCCUCUGUGAACAACGAACUCAAUUUCUAGAGUGUGUUCCUGAAAGCAAUAUGAGCACAAAACUUGAGCAGUCAUCCAACUAUAGUCAAAGCACUGCAACAAGUGUACCUGCUAGUGGCUCAAAAAUCUCCAAGUUUGCAACCAAAUCUGGGUUCUUAAUACCAAAGAACAAACUAUCUGGUUCAUUGGUUCCCUUCAUCCGAGGUGGUAAAAAGGGAGGCGGUGAUGCCGCAAAUGGAGAAAACAAUAAGGAGGGGCAAAGGAAAACCAAAUGGGGCCCUGAUUUGACUCAGGAUACUGCUGUUAGAAAAGGAAAAGCCUUAGCAUAUCAGACUCGGGUGGACCAAAUAGCACAACAGCUGAGACUUGGAAAGUUGGAGACUGAGGAAAACCAAGAUUUAUCGUCACCAUUUCAAACUGAGGAGCACAAAUUUUCAGAUCGUCAGCUUGAAGCUCAGGAAUUGGAGCUAUUGGAGCUUGAAAGGCGCGAUGCUACUGGUGAAAUACUGAAGUUAAAUCCGAGCUACAAGGUUCCUGCUGAUUAUAAACCUGUGCUGAAAGAGGCAAAAGUUCCGAUCCCUAUUAAAGAGAAUGCUGCAUAUAAUAUGGUUGGUUUAAUUUUUGGGCCAGCAAAUGACACUCAAAAGCGACUGGAAAAGGAAACUGGAGCUAAAGUACGAGUUUAUGGAACAAGAGCAGUUACUGGAGAAAAGGUUGAAGUUACUACUCCUGAUGGUAAUGAAACAUCUGGUAGUUAUGAUGAGUUGCACGUUCAUGUAUCAGCUGACACAUAUGAAAAGAUUGAUGCUGCGGUGGCUCUUAUUGAACUGCUAGUCACCCCAGUUUCAACUUUUCAGGGGAAUCCUGCUUCCAUUACUGUAACAUCAACUGCAACAUCUGGUGACAAUGUGAAUAGUAGUGCUCCGAGUCAAGGCACACCUGGUACUAAUGUGCCUGCUGGUGUGGCAAGUGGAGUGGCUCAGCCAAGUGUAGGAUCUGGACCAGCACCUUCACCUAAUCACUUUCAGCAGUACUCAGGGCCUUGGUUUCCUGUGGGUGCACCUCAGACACCUGCUUUUCCAUCAUCAGGUUUUGCUGCGGCUCCUGUCCAUUUGUCUCCAUCACAGUUCAAUCCCUCAAGUAUGCUGUCAAUAUUUGGUCCUCGGCCAGUUGUCACAGUGGGAUUUACUCCGGUUCCCCAGAAUCCUUCACUUAUUACCUCCGGGCCACAGCAACCACAAGUUCUGCAGAGGCCAUACAUUUCACAUCCGCCACCUUUGUCAGCUUCACAACCUGCACCUAUUCAAUCAAAUGUCACAUCACCACAAUUAUCUACUAACCAGUCAGCACCAACUGGGCCCACCCAGUUUGGGAGUUCAAUAUCUAUUUCUUACCAGCCACCUUAUGCUGGAUCAUCUAAAGUACCAGUGAACACUCCAACAUCCAUUGGAGCUGGAAAUAUGAUGUCAAUGACCCCUGCAACAACUGUUCUGCAGGGCCACCCCUCCAUGGCUUCUCAUCCUUUGGCUGUGUCCAGAGCUGCACCGCCAAAUAUCUUUCCAAUUACCCAGCAAUCUGCUUUGCAGUCAGCUGGUGCUGCAGUUAAUCAUCCCGCAAAUGUCCCAUACUUCAACUCUAGUUCCCACUUCCAACAGGGGCUUUCACUUUCUCCACUACCUUCAGCAGCAAAAGUACCUGGUCCCAUGCAGUCUGUUAUGCCACGAGCUGUGAUGCCUAAUUCAUCUCCCAAUGUGGUUCCAGGAUCCAACCCUCUUCUUUCACCAGUGACAUCUUCAUCAACACUACUACAUCCAGCUUCAGGAAUUCCUAAUUCUGGUCAUGCUGGUGCUGUCAGUUUUAAUGCCAUUAACCCUGCAAAUAUGACUGCUCCCAGACCACAGCAACCCAGCUCAAAUGAUUUUACUUUUCAGCCUCACCGGCCACACAAUCCAGCCCUUGAAGUUGCUCAUAGACCAAAUACUCAACCUAUACUUUUACAUCCAAAUCAAUCAGCACAGCCAUAUCAGGAAUCUCAGAUUUCACCUGUUCAGCCAGGAAUGCACAUGUUGAGACUACCACCUGCAAAUCCAGGGUUUUCUAGGCCUAAUGUUGGCAAUCAAAUGAUGCAGCCUAGAGCUCAAACGUCUGUUAACUUUCCCAGUAGUCCAACAGCGCUUCUGGGUCCACCUAGGCAUGCACCAUUUCCAGGUUCGAAUGCUGCUCCUCUACUGCAACCAAGAAACUUCAAUUUAGAUCCCCCAUUCGUCAAUGCAGAUGGAAUUCCUCGAGCAGGGGGUCCAAUGCAAAUUCAGCAAAACUACCCUCCAUCGGCAACCAGGCCGCCAAGUUUUGUUGCUCCAAAUCAACAUAUUAACAGUAAUAUUUCCUUUCAACCUGCUGCUGGGCUAUCUUCUAGAGCUUCUGGAGUACAGCAAGUGUAUGAUCCCUUCUCGCCAACAUCUGUUUCUCUUAAUACUCAUUUAAGCAGUAACAGAGCAAAGAUUCAGAAACAGGAGAGUGAUCCAGAGUACGAAGACCUGAUGGCCUCAGUCGGUGUAAAGUAAUGUAUGCUCGUUAGUUUUUAGAUGUCAGUGGCUUAUGACCAAGAAAAAGGUUCACAUGAUGCGGAUCAAUCUGUGUCGAGCUUGGAUCUAAUUUAUGAAAUCAUGCAUUGCCGGUUCUUACUGGUACUAUUCUUAAUGGGUUAUUACCAACAUUUAGAGGGGAAAAAAUGGAAAUUUUCAACUUUCAAUUAUUUCUAGAUGUUGCAAAAUACAUCUGUAUUCUAUCACAGUUUGUAUAGUUUCUUGUCAACCUCUAUCAACUAAAUCUUAAAUCGGCCACCUCAUAGCUAAUUGUAAUACCUAUUUAAAAUUGACGAAUAUCAAGGUAGAAAACCCUCAUGUCGAUUCCCUUUUCAUUAGUGUUGAAUGAGAAUAUUGCUAUGAAAUUCUCAA